AUGGAUGCAAGUAAAGAACAAGUCAAGCUUGAAGCGAGCUAUUUUUGCUUGUGCCAAGACUGGGCACGUGAUGACGAAAAUUGCGGAGCCGCAUUCCUAGCUUCAACAGUGGCAUGGCUCUUUCAUGGACAAUCUAUCACACCAUCCUCACAACAACCUUCGUUGCAGCGCUUCAAGUCACAUGCGAGGAAACUAGGAGAAAGCUGCGGCAGAGCGCAGAGCAAAGCUCGCGCAGGUGGCCUUGCCCCUCUAGGCGGUCUUGAAGGAGGCCUUGACAAUCGAGAGCAGCGCCGAGGGUGCCUUUCCAUCAUGACGCACCAACAGCAACAGCAGCAGCAGCAAUACCCUCCGCGCGUGUUCUCCCCUCCAGGACGGACAGACUCACCUCAGCAUGCCCCCCCUUAUCCCUUCCCCGCGAACAAACGCCAACGACUCUCUCCAAAUCCUCAGUCGCCAUACAAUUCGCCAGGUAUACAGAACAUCGCUCUACCGAAUCAAGUCUUUAGCAGUCCAUACUACGGUACUCAGCAAAACGGUGGUCCACCAAAUCACACCUACAACACAAAUCACAGUUACGGCAACCAGCAAAGUCCCUCAUACCCUAGCCAGCAAGGCCCCGCCUACGGCCCGAGUAACACAUACGGUUCGGGAAGCCCCUACACGCCGAAUAAUAACUACAAUUCCAUGAACCACCCACCCCCUCAGCAUUAUGCGCCUCCUCCCCAUUCUGCCGCCCCCUCGCAGCCCCCACCCACGGGAACAAUGGGACCUCCCUCGCGGCCUGCUGCUGACAAGCCUACGGACAUCAACGAGCUAGGAGACGUUUUGGCGGGAUCUGGUGUCGAUCUUAGGGAGGAGGAAGCUGCGUUAUUGGCGUACGGUCGGCCAGGCCAACAAAGACAGGAUACAGUUUAUGGUGGGAGCUCAUUCAAUUCGUUCGGAGCGAGCUAUUCAACAUCCGCCGACAACUUCUAUUCGUCAAAUGUUCCCGGCGACCGAAAUAGCUUCUAUGGAGCUGGCACCUUCAAUCAGCCUGCAGAGCCAUAUAUGUCCGCUGAGGAGAUCGCAGCUGCAGAUCGAAAGAAGGCCAUACGGCGCAAAGCUGAGAUCAAAUCCUACCACCUUAAUGAUCCGUUCCUCUGGGGUGGUUCUCUAUCAAGACGACUCUUAAUACAGGCUCAAACUGUGCAAGUGCAGGUCCCACGGAAUGGCCUGUUAAACAAUGUCACCGGGCAGAUUGUUCCUCAUCAGCUUCUUGUCCAUGGUCCGGACAAGAAUGAGAACCUAAGGAUAGUAAAGGGGGAACCUUUGCUAAAUACGGAGGGUCCCUACGUUGAGAUACUGUCUUUACUUUCCUUGGCUGCAGAGGAGCGAAUGCGUGGACUUGUGGAAGACGCUGCAAACCUGGCAAAGGGCAGGAGAAUCGGGUCGCAUGCCGUAGUCCCGGUUGAGUUGGCUGAUUUGGCAACUGGCGAGGGAGCCACUGAGACAGCGAACGGAUUGCCAACCCCUAGCAACAGCGCUGUCUCGCCAAAGAGCAAUUCGCUCAAGCGCUCCUACGCCGAAGUCAAUAGACCUUUAACCCCUUCUGCCAGCGAGCCAGCCACGCCUACCACCAUCCAAUUUGCCAACCCUGUUGUGCACGCUCUUCAAAAGAUCACCAAAGACGAGCGAGCUCAGGAAGAGGAACGACUCGCGAAGCGCCGACGUCGCGCAGCGAAAGCUGAUAGCAAUGGAACAGGUUCUGCUACUGCUGGACUCAUCGGCGACGUAGCUCCUGAUGUAGAUACAAGGAGGGGGAGUAAGAACAAGGAAGCGGCGGCGAAGAAGGUAAACGAGGCGGCGCAGCAUGCUGCCACCACCAAGACAAUGAACAUGGCUUUAGGUUUUGGCAGUAGGGCGACGCCGUCAUGGAUGAAAAGAGGCACCGAUACAACACCUAGCAAUCCAUAUCUACCGAACAAACCCAAGGCAGGUCCUCAGGGCUCCAAAAUUGGGGCUUCAGGCGGGAACGGUGCUGGUCUUGGUUUACCGAAAAGUAGGGUGUUCGGGCAAUUCAGGGAAGAUAAGGAUACUGGUUCUGGCAUUCAACUCAGGGACGUUGUGUCUGUUCUUGAGCAUGAUGGCAAAGAGAAGAAAGCCCUUCAGCGAGCCUACAGCAGGCUCGGAGCAGCGGCUAGGAGAUGA